GCACCUUUUUGGCAGAACACAAUCGAAGACGAAGCAAAAACAGAUAGGCGCACAGUGCAAAAGUAGUUGAAGUAAAUUGCAUUUUUCAAGACAAAGUUGUGUGUUUUGAUAGCAUUUUUACCGAUCGGAUAGUCACCCACGGUCAAGCGGACGUUAUCAGUGCUGGCAGCGCCGUGCCAACGCGUAGUGAAAAGCUCGGAAAGAAAGCAACAGCAGCAGCAGCACAGUGCUGAAAACCCACCGCACCCCACGAAGAAGGCGAACCACCUUUUGGAUGAUUCGAUCAGCAGCCUCGCGCUACUGCUAAUUAAGUUGACGUCAUUAUUUACAGCCCGCUGGAUGUUUGCAAGCUGGUUUUAAUUCGCCGCAUUCCUAUUAGCUAGCCGCGAUGACGCGCGUUAAGGUCCUGUACGAUUUCAAUGGCGAACCGAACUCAUCGGAGAUCUCGAUCUCGGUGGACGAAGUGCUAACCGUCACAAACACGGACGUCGGUGAAGGAUGGUGGGAGGGUAUGAACUCACGCGGCCAGCGCGGCCUCUUUCCCGCCGCGUACGUCGAAACAAUUCCCGAGGCACCCUCGUUACCGGCGGGGCCGCCGAAAAUGCCCCCGCCACCAGCCGUUACGAUGGCCCAGUCGACGGGUGUAGCGAAAUCCGGCUCACAGCAAGCACUCGGCAACAAUCGGUACGAUCAGACGGCGGACGAUUGGGGCGAGCAGCAGGACGACUGGGACGACGAUUGGGAUGACGAUAAUGAUACGUACUCGGAAAUAGGUCCCGGAUCGGGUGCGGCCGGCCGCUCUAACGGACAGACGCAGUCCUACCAUCAGCAGCAGCAGCACCAACAGCAGAGCGCAACCGCAAGCUACUACGCCAACGCCAACUUGCCUGCACCACCGCCCUCCGAUGGGGACACUAUGUCACUCGCCUCGGUAGCGACCACGGUCGGUGGCGGUCGGUCGCGUACCGCCGGCACAGGAAAGAUUUUCACCAAAUCCGGUGAUAACUAUCUGAUCGGGAUGCCGGUGCCGGAUGUGUCGGAAGCGGACCGGGUGCACGUGCUGCUGAUGGAGCACGGUAUCGUGUGGAAGCCGAUGCGCGACUCGUACACCGUGACGGUCGAUUCACCGAAGAAGGAGAAAAAGUUUAACGGUCUAAAAAGCUUCAUCGCGUACCAGCUGACGCCCUCGUUUAACAAUGUACCGGUGGCGCGUCGGUACAAGCACUUCGAUUGGCUGCACGAGCGGCUGGUGGAGAAGUUCUGUCUCAUUCCGAUACCACCGCUGCCGGACAAGCAGAUAUCGGGCCGGUACGAUGAGGAGUUUGUCGAGCAUCGGCGCGUCCAGCUGCAGGAGUUCGUCGACUGGGUGUGCCGGCAUCCGGUGCUCUCGACGUGCGGCGUCUGGAUGCACUUCCUUACCUGCACCGACGAGAAGAAGUGGAAAACGGGCAAACGGACGGCCGAGAAGGAUCCGCUGGUCGGCACCAUGUUCUGUGCGUCCGUGUUUCCACCGGAGAAGACGCUGCUGCAGUCGCUGGUGGAACCGCAGGUGGAAUCGGCCGGCCAGUUUGUGCCGCAGAUGGAUGCCGCCGUCAAGACGCUGUUCGCGAUUUGUGGCGAUCAGUCGAAAAAGUUUCAGGUACAGUGGAAAAAGGAGUACCAGCGCAUCGGGGAAGGAUUCUCCGAGAUGGCACGGGCGCUGGCAGUGGACGAACGGCGGGCCGCCACGCAGCUCAGUCUGGCAAGUUCGGUCGGCCAGGCAGCCGGGGUGUUUAUCAACAUCGGGCAACUGUUCGGCGAGCAGCCGAAGCACGACUUUAUACCAUUCUCGGACCGACUGCACAUCUACCGCGGGUUGCUGGCCGGGUGGCCCGACACGCUGGGCGAGUACCGGAACGCGGUCCAGAAGCGCAAGGACUGUGAGCGGCUGACGGCGGAACAGAAGAUGGAGAACGCGCAGAUGCAGGAGGUGACUCGGCGCGUGGACGUGAUGUCGUACGCCCUGUUGGCGGAGAUGUCCCACUUUCGGGAGGAACGGGAUACGCAUCUGAAGGACACGAUACGUGCCUUUAUCGGUGCGCAGAUCGAGUUUUACAAAUCGAUCGUGCAGAAGCUCGAGCAGGCGCAAACACACUUUUAAAGGCGGGAGUUUUGUGGCGAACGGGAAUGGAAAACGGACGAACGUGACGUGUGAGAGUGCCUUCUUGAGAGCGUAGAACUAACCAAAACACACACACACACACACACACACGCGCACACAGAGAACCAGAUGGACAGACGCGUUUAAUCGCUGCAUUCCAGGAUUAGCUAGCGUUGAGACGUAAGCCCCGAAGCAGAAACGCGGGGGACCAAUACUGAGAGGGGAUUGAAAGAAGAGCAGAAAGCAAGCAAACGGAUCAAUUUUUGGUUCCAAUUUUUGCUACUAGUAAUGUAUGUCUUUUUUUUCCUUUAGUUUUGUUGGUGAUAAAAUGCAAGGAUGCCUUUUUUUCUGUUACGGUACUGUAUUAUCUAAACAAGGAGCUUGAGAAGCUAUUGAAGCCGAGAGAUAUCCUAAGCGAACGGACGGAGCGAUACACAGUAGCAAUCACAUUAAAGCCUUAAGAAAGGAAAGGGAUUGAUAAAAAGUGACGAGUACUGCUUUCUAACACGGUUGGCCUUCAACCGGCGAGACGACGACGACGACUCCAUACGUGACACCAAAGGGAAUGGAGGGUUGAGAUGGUCCGUGAGGUACGCAGGGUCCGGAAAGUAAUAGAUAGUGGUAGUGUGAUAUUAAGCCAUUCGGUGAUGAUGAUCGUGACGGAAGAUUUGUUGGAGCAGUCGACAAGGAAGGACACACAAACGGACAAAGCAAGGGGGGGGGGAAAACCGUGACUGAAACGGAAUUGUAAUAAAAUUAGGAUUAACGCAGCAGAGGAUUAUAAUA